AUGCGCGCGCUCGCCCCCCCCGCGUCCGUCGCUCGACGCCCCCCCCCGCGCGGGCGAAGCGUUCGCGCCCGCGCCGCCGGCGACGACGCCGCGCGACGGGCGCGGGCGCGCGCGGACGCGCCCGAGGGCGUGCCCCCGCCCCCGUUCGCGCCCACGAUCGAACCGGCGACGUUCGGGUUCGUCGAGAACGCCGAGCGGGCGAACGCGCGGGCGAGCAUGGUGGGAUGGUGGGCGCUGUUGCUCGUCGAGGCGGUGGCGGGGAAAGGGAUCUUGGAGCUCGCGGGGGUGACGGUGGGGAAGGGGAUUAAUUUUACGUUUUAG